AUGGCCAAGUACCCUUCAGCUAGUAUUCUACUUCUUGUGGCUCUAGUUUGUAUUUCAAGAGUUGCACAAACCAAUGGUCUUAAUAUUCACAAUGGCUCGGGGAGUGGCUUGAAAAUGGGGUUUGAAGGAUCCUCUUCAGGAAGGGAUUCUUCUCCAGCAUCCUUUUUGGGUGCUCUGUUCUCGGUAACAAUGAGUUCUAGUACUACUACUAGUGGGACAACAAAGAAAGAUCAUGCUUGGAAAUGGACUAAACCAAUUCCGGGGGAGUUGAAAUUCAAGCAGCAUUUAGUUGGCACCCAUAAAGGAAUCAAAGCUUGUCGAAAAGUCCCACCAAAUGUGAAGGAUUGGUGCACUUUAGCACUUCAAAGAAAUGAAGAAGAGAAACAAGCAAGGAUUACGGUGCGUAGGGAGAUAGGGGGAUUGGAGCCACUAGAAGAGGAAGAUGCACAUGUUCAAGCAGUGGAAAAUGUGGCUGCAAGUGAGAGUGGUAGUGCUCAAACUCCACUUGGUGGUGGUUCUACAAGUCAACCGAAGUCAAGAGGACCGAUGGACAAGUUUGUGUCCUCAAAAGCUCGGCAAGCUACAUUGAAUUCUUCAUUCAAGAAAGAAGAAAGACGUAAUGUGUGUAGGGCGAUUGGGCGGUUGUUCUAUACUAGUGCCAUAGCAUUCAAUGUGGCAAAUAAUCCUUAUUAUUUUGCGGCAUUGGAGCAAGUUUCCAAGUACGGCCCCGGUUUUCAACCUCCAACUAGUCAUGAGCUAAGGACUUGGAUUUUGAAAGAAGAAGUUGUAGAUGUUCAAAAAAUGAUGUUAGAGCACAAAAAAGAUUGGAGCCAUUAUGGAUGCACAAUUAUGUCGGAUGGUUGGACGGAUGGCAAAAGUAGGGUUAUACUAAAUUUUUUAGUAAAUAGCCCUAGAGGUACAUGGUUCUUGAAAUCGGUUGAUGCAUCGGAUACAAUUAAAAAUGGGGAGUUGAUGCUCAAUUAUUUGGAUAGUGUUGUGGAGGAGGUAGGGGAGGAGAAUGUGGUCCAAAUAGUUACCGACAAUGCUUCUAAUUAUAAGUGGGCGGGAAAGGAACUUAUGAAGCAUAGAAGCAAAUUGUGGUGGACUCCAUGUGCGGCUCAUUGCAUUGACUUGAUGUUGGAGGAUAUAAGCAAGUUGAAAGUCUUUGAAACUACCAUUCAAAGAGCUAAGCAAAUUGUGAAGUUUAUUUAUGGGCACACACAAGUUCUUUCCAUUAUGAGAAAAUUCACCGAGAACAAGGAGAUUAUUCGUCCGGCGGUUACAAGGUUUGCCACAUCUUUUCUCUCUCUUCAAAGUUUAUAUAAGCAAAAGGAAGCUCUCAUUAGUAUGUUUUCAUCUACCGAUUGGAAUGAAUGUGGAUGCACAAAACAUAAAGAUGCAAAUGAUGUGAGGAAGUGGAUACUUCAUGAUGGAAGUUUUUGGAACCAUGUUGCUUAUUGUAUAAAAAGUGUUCUACCACUUGUUUGUGUUUUGAGAGAGGUUGAUUCGGAAGUGAGACCCGCUAUGGGAUUUAUCUAUGAGUUGAUGGAUGCUGCAAAAGAAAAGAUAGCUAAGAAUCUUGGAAAUGUGGAAGUAAAGUAUGGUCCAAUUUGGAGGAGAAUAGAUAAUAGAUGGAGUCCACAACUUCAUCAACCAUUGCAUGCAGCGGGUUAUUACUUGAACCCUCAAUUUCGGUAUGAAGAAAACUUUUCAAAUACCGAGCAUGUGAAGAAUGGUUUGGAAGAGUGCAUGGAUAGGAUGCUAGUUGGUGAGGAUCGUAUUAAAGCGGAGAUACAAUUAGACUUAUAG